UGUUGAGCAAAAGCAGCAGUCAUUUCGACUUCAGCUGUACGAUGCACGUCAUCAAACUAUCGCUCCUGCUCUGCUCAAUUGCUGUUCUAGCAGGUCAAACUGAGGCCAUUAGUUUGAAUCCUGUUACUUGGGUCUACAGCUUCCUUCAAAAGUUGGGCUUGUUGGCACAAACACAACAGUUCAAAACAACAAGAGACGAUGAAGUUGAAGGUUACUCAGCAAGAAUGACCGAACUUGCACAGCAAUACCCGAACAAGCUCAUUAUUGUUGAAUUCUAUGGAGAUUUUUGCAGCAAGUGCAAGGAUGUGGAUAAAGUGCUAGCCAAAAUUUCAAACAAGAUUUCUUAUCGCAACAUCGUCAUCGUCAAAGUAGACACACAGGUAUACAAUGAGAUCAGACACAAUCAAGGGGCUAAACCGGUGCCACUCAUCAAAUUCUAUAGAAAAGGAAUUGUUGUGGGCCAUAUCCGAGGAUUUCCAGGCGAGAAAACCCUUAUUGACACCAUAAAUACACUUAAAGGAAAAUUUAACGACAAGGAUCUAAGGGAUUUAGAGCAAAAAGACAAACAGAGCCUUGUUGAAGAAGAAAGAAAACAGAAAGAGCUUGCUGCCAGAGAAGCCGCUGAGGAUGAUGAAGAAGAAGAAGAAGAUGAAGAAGGAACACAACAAGGUACAAAUGGAGGGAAGGGCGGAGGAGAAACAAAAACAGAAGAGAAAAAACCAGGUGAAAAGAAAGAAGAUGGAAAUAAAGGAGUUGACAAUAAAGGAGAAGGAAAUACAGGAACUUAAUGUAAACCAAGACCUAGAAGUGCAUUCUGAAUGUCAUCAAGAAUGUACCAAUCCGUUUCCCAGUUUUUUUAACAGUAAAGUAGUUUGCAAAAUUAAUUUGCAAUUUUGAUAAUAAAGUGUUUUUUCCUCGUAA